AUGAAUUCUAAGAGCUCACCUUCAAGCCCUUGUCCUCACAAAGCCAAAUUCACUCAUCGAUUUCUUCGAGCCCUUGCAAGAAUAAACAAGAACAGACCCACUUCAUCAUCUCACCCGGAAAUCUGUAAACGCAGUAAGAGAAUAAAGAUUGCAGCUGAUGCAUCCAUGGCUUCUGCAGUUGGGUGUAGGAGAGCUUGGAGUCGUGUUAUGCUUUGGAGGCUUCGGAACCGUACAAGAUACAGAUCUUUGACUUGGUCUAGAGUGAUUGGUUUGAAGAAGAAGAAGAAGAAGAAGAUAUCUGAUCAUAUGUGUAAUAAGCAACAAGGUGAAUUGAGCCGUGCCGAUCGACUCCGGCAACUAGUCCCUGGCGGCGAAGCCAUGGAAUUCUGCAACUUGUUGGAUGAAACUGCUCAUUAUAUAAAGUGUCUCAACACCCAAGUACAAGUCAUGAGAAACAUUGCUGAUUUUUACUCUCCCUGA